AUGUCUGCGGCGAAGAAGACCAGCACAUCCAAAUCGGCGACCGCCAGGAAGGGUGCCCCGCGGGCCGCUCCCUCCCACCCCCCCUGGAUCGACAUGAUCAAGGAAUGCAUCCUCGAGCACCCUGAGGAUGCUCGGCAGGGCGUCUCACGUCCUAUGAUCAAGAAGUUCGUCGAAGACAAGUACAAACUCGAGAUUGGGGCCGCGCAGAACACGCAACUCAGCAAGGCGUUGCAGACCGGCGCCUCCAAGAGCAUUUUCGUCCUUCCUAAGGGUUUCGCCGGUCGUGUCAAGCUCCCGCCCAAGUCCGUGCGUCCUGCGGGCGACUCUGCGACCAAGGAGAACAAGCCUGACUCCAAGGCCGCUGCGAAGCCCAAGGCUGCUGCAAAGAAGCCUGUGGCGAAAACCGCCACCGCUAAGACCACGACGAAGAAGACCGCCGUCGCCAAGAAGAGUACGGCCACGAAGGCGUCGGCUGGAAUCAAGAAGCCUGUGCCUAAGGCGGCUACAAAGGCGGCUGUAGCUAAGCCCAAAGCUGCAGCGGCGAAGCCAAAGGCCGCUCCUGCAAAGAAGGCGAGCACGACCGCUCCCAAGAAGGCUCCUGCAAAGAAGGCUGCGCCUGCUCCCAAGAAGACUGCCGCUGCAAGCAAGCGCGAUUCGGCGAAGAAGUCUGUCACCGGAAAGGCGCCUGCAAAGAAGCCUGCGGCCAAGGCGACGGGGACUAAGACGUCCUCUCGUACAAAGGCGGCGAAGAAGUAA